CUUCCUGCCCCCCCCCCCCCAGUUCCUCUACUGUGUCAAGUCAGCUCCUCCAAGACCUCUCUGCUCCAGCCCCACCUCUCUCAGAGGACAGCAGGAAAGGCGAGACCCUGGAGCCUUCACUCGUGUUUCUGUGAAGAAGCCCAAAGCCUCCUCCUCCCUCCUGAAGAGUUGUCAGACUCCAUCCUUUCACCUCUGAGGUGCCCAGGAAAGAUGGCUCAAACUACGGUGACGGUGAACGGAGCUGAAGUGGCCUCCGCACUGCCCACGUCCCCUCACGUCAACAUCCACAUCCACCACCACUCUGCUCUGGAGCAGCUGCUGAGAGCCAUGGGCUCCGUGAAGAAGUCUCUCUCCUGCCCUCAGGACACGGGGCCCUCCAAGGCCAGCAUCCACCAUGGGCUGCUGGCUCUAGGGGUGACCCAGAUAUUGCUGGGGCUUGUGAGCUGUGUUCUCGGAGUAUGUCUCUACUUUGGGCCUGAGACUGAGCUGCAUGCCUUUGGCUAUGCCUUCUGGUCAGGGUCUGUGGCAGUUGUAGCCGGAACUGGCAUCAUUGUCAACGAGAAGCGACGUGGAAAACUAACUGGCCACAUAUCCUGCCUGCUUAUCCUGGCUUGCACUGCGACAGCUGUGGCUGCGACGGUCCUGAGUGUGAACAGCUUAACCUGGCAAACGAGCGGUGCCUACCGUUACAGGAUCAGUUCCACAUGUGACUCCUUACAGACGAGCACGUACAGUGGGGACGGGCUAGUGCAAUUCACUAACAACACAAGCUGGCGGACAGAGAGGUGCCGAGAGUACCUGCUCAUGAUGAUGAACUUGUUCCUAGCAUUGUACAUCAUGCUCACAGUUGUCUGUAUCCUGAAGAUCGUCGUGUGUUUGACUUCCCUGGGACUGAGUCUCCAAAGUAUGUGUGGCCGGAGCUCCCAGGCCCUGGAUAAAGAAGAGGCAGAAAAGAAGCUUCUUGGGGGAGAUUCAACACCUCCCUCCCCAACCAAGGCAAUUCCUGUUAUUCUGUGAGCUGCUACAAAGACCCUGCCUGAGCCCACGUGUGUCUAUGAGCAGAGGAAUCCAGCAAGGGCAGCGCCUGUUCCCAGGGCCUCUGCUGGCCCCACAGCACACAGCUACUUCUGAUGUAGCCACUGUCCAGCCCUCUUUCUCUCCCUCUCUCCCCACUGUCCUCACGCCAAUGUCCUUUGUUCCCUGAACAAUAUUGUGUCAUUUUUUCCAAUGCUAAUGAAGCAGAAACAACCAGAAAAAAAUAGCUUC